AUGGGGUCCGGAACCGCGUCCCGGUGUUGGGAUCUGUUUGUUGUUUUGUCUCUGCUGCCGCCGUUUAUCGACGCCAACCGGGCUGUCACAGACACACCGGAGCUCCAGAGGUCCACCAUCACCGGGCUCGGGAUGAAGGAGCACUCGCAGAUUGUUGCCCAGCACAAUAGACUGCGCAGCCGGGUCGAACCCUUGGCAGCUAACAUGCAAAAAAUGGAGUGGAAUGAGAAGUUGGCCUUACUUGCAAAGAAGAGGGCAGCAUCGUGUCACACAGACCCCCCUCCUCCACACGCCUCAUCGUUCAGCCAUGUUGGGUGGAACACACGUCUCUCUGCUGAUGAUGUCACCUCAUUUUCUGACGCCAUUCACUCUUGGUUUGAGGAGGGGAAAGAUUUUCUCUACAUGAGUAGGCAAUGUAGGGCGAAUGCCACCUGUCAACACUAUACACAGUUGGUGUGGGCCACUUCAAGUAACGUGGGCUGUGCCAGCCAGCUGUGUCUGAGGGAAGGAGAUAUAUCGGAGAUGUUUGUCUGUGCAUAUUACCCUGGGGGUAACUGGGAGGUGAAUGGUCAGCUGGUGACGCCCUAUAAGACGGGGCUGUACUGCUCUCUCUGCACCUCUGUUAUGUCUGGCUGCUUUAGACUCUGGGACCAUGGAGGUGGAUUAUGUGAAAUUCCACGGAAUCCGUGUAGAAUGAGCUGCGGUCAACACGGCCAUCUUAACAUCUCAUCCUGCAAGUGCAUGUGUGACCCAGGCUUCACCGGACGCUUCUGCCAGGUCCUGUGCAGUGUGCAGUGUUUACACGGUCGGUUCAAAGAAGAAGAAUGCUCUUGUUUGUGUGAUGUUGGCUAUGGUGGUGCUGAGUGUGCAGAGAAAGUGCAGUUUCCGUUCCACAGCUGUGAUGUGAUGAUAGAUGGUGAUUGCUUCACGGUGUCUUCAGAUACUGACACCUACUAUGGAGCAAGGAGUCACUGUCAGGAACGACGAGGUAUUCUAGUACCGAUCCACAAUCAGAAGGUUCAGGACAUCCUGGCGUUUUACCUCAGCCAGCUGGAGACGAGCAACGAGGUCACCAACACAGACUUUGAGACACGAAACUUCUGGAUUGGUUUGACAUAUAAGCCUCUGAGAGACUCAUUUCGCUGGGACACAGGAGAGAGCCCUAGAUUCAGCAGCUUUGCCUUUGGGCAACCUGACAACCAAGGCUUUGGAAACUGUGUGGAGCUGCAGGCAUCAAGCGCCUUUAACUGGAACGACCAGCGAUGUAAAACGCAGAACCGAUACAUUUGCCUUCAUGCUGCAAAGCGCAUUGCCCAAUGGGAGGACGGCAGUUGA